CUGAUUCUGGGAAUGUGAGUGAAUCAUUUUCCAUUUUCAUUUCAUUUCAUUUAGUGAAAAUUUGUUAAAUUCUUUUUCGAUUUUCUUUUUGUUCAGUUGCUAAAAUGGAUAUUUCAAAACCAUCAGCAUUAAAAAUUAGUUUGAAAAAUUGGUAUCAUAAAUUAGAAUUUAUUGAUCUGAAUUUCCUUCAACAAGUUACAAAUUUUAUUGAAUUAAUUACAUUUUUCCAAUUUGAAUUGAAAAGUGGUGGAUUUAUAUUUUAUCUUGGAAUGAAAAACCAAACAUAUGCAUAUGGUGAAACAGUUUGUGAAUGGUUAUCAUUGAAACAUCAAAAAAAUUAUCCACAAAAAAUUGAAAUAUUAUCUGGAAAAUCUAUCAGAAAAGUUGCUUAUGGAGCAAAUAUGGUGGUAAUAUUGACUGAAAAUGAUGGACAAAUUUAUUUAGGUGGUGGUGGAAUGCGUUUAUUAUCGAAAACAAAACAUUUCAAAGAUAUUGCAUGUGGUUAUUCACAUAUACUUUGUUUGGAAGAGAAUGGUCAUCUUUAUACAAUCGGUUUGAAUGAUUAUGGUCAAUGUGGUAAUGGUACAACGAUAAAUGAUUAUGAAAAUCUAAUCGAUACUGAAUUAACAAAUAUUCGUACAAUUGCAUGUGGUUGGAUGCAUUCAUUAGCUAUAACGGAUGAUAAUCGUUUAUUUGGUUGGGGUUCGAAUUUUUCGAAUCAAAUCGCAAACAAUGUUGAUCAAAAAAUUACUAAUAAGCCAUUUUUAAUGAUGGCUCAAGGUCGCUGCAAUGAUAAAUAUGAAAAUAUUACAGCUGGUAAAGGAUUUACAUUAGCAAUUACAACCAAAAAACAAAUUCGACAAUUCAAAAAUAAAAGAUUUAAGGAGGAAAAUCCUUUUGGUUUUAUAAGACAAUUUUUUGUUGAUCGAACGAUUCCGAAUUUUCAAAUUAAAUCUGAUUUCAAAGUAAUCGAAGUAAUUACAUUAGCAUCAGUACAUUUAACUAGUUUUGUAUGUGAAACACCUCGUAAGGGUACGGAGUGUUUUAUUUUUGAUCCAUAUUCAUUAUUAUCACCGGAAACAAUUAAAGCAAAGAAUUUUCGGGAUAUAUUUUUAACACAUCCAAUAACAUUUGGUUGGUGUGAAAAUAUUGGCCGUUAUGAUUCAAAUCUUUAUUAUUAUUUAAUGUCCGAAUCAAUAUCGGCUACGUUUGAUUGUCCCGAUUCGGAAGUUAAUGAUUUACGAUUCGAAUUUCCAAAUGAUGAUGUUGAUGAUGAUACGAAAAAAUGUAGCCGAUAUAUUUAUGUACAACGAUCAUAUCUACGUAUGGUAUCCGAAUAUUUUAAUCGAAUGUUAUCGAAUGAAUGGAAUCGAGAGAAUUCGAUUCGAAUAACAACAAUAUCAUAUGAUAUUUUCUAUCAAUAUAUUCAACUUUUAUAUUUUGGUAAAAUUCAUCUAAAUGAUUCGAAUGUUGAAGAAUUUUUGGAUUUAGCUGAAUGUUUUUUGGAUAAAAAUUUAACCGAAUUAUGCAGAAAUUAUUUAGAACAAAAUUCAACAAAAUUUAAAUUGAAUGAAAAUUACUCAAACUCUUUUUCAUUUUUUUCAGUUGCUCAUACUGAAACGAACUUUAAUAAAAAAUCAGCAUUAAAAAUUAGUUUGAAAAAUUGGUAUCAUAAAUUACGAUGCUUAGAUUUAAAUUUUCUACAACAAAUUACCAAUUUUAUUGAAUUAAUUNAUCAACAAAAUUCUGCACAAGAAAUACGAAUAUUAUCCGGAAAAUCUAUACGAAAAGUUGCUUAUGGAUCAAAUAUGGUUGUAAUAUUGACUGAAAAUGAUGGACAAAUUUAUAUAGCUGGUGAUAGUUCACAAUGGCCAAAAUCAACUGAUGAUCAGAAUGGUCACCAAAUGCGUUUAUUAUCAAAAACAAAACAAUUUAAAGAUAUUGCUUGUGGUCAUUCACAUAUACUUUGUUUGGAAGAUAAUGGACAUCUUUAUACAAUCGGUUGGAAUAAUUAUGGUCAAUGUGGUAAUGGUACAACUAUAAAUGAUUAUGAAAAUUUAAUCGAUACUGAAUUAACAAAUAUUCGAACAAUUGCAUGUGGUUGGAAGCAUUCAUUAGCCAUUACGGAUGAUAAUCGUUUAUUUGGUUGGGGUUUUAAUUUAUUCAAACAAAUCACAAACAAUGUUGGUCAAAAAAUUAAUAAGCCAUUUUUAAUGAUGGCUGAAGGUCAUUGCGAUGAUAAAUAUGAAAAUAUUUCGGCUGGUGAAUGUUUUACAUUGUGGAUCAAAGUUUGGUGA